AUGAAUAAUACACAGAUACAUACACACACACGCACACACCAUGCACAUGCAUCACACAUACACACACAUACAUACACGUACACACGCAACACACACACACAUACACAUGCACACACAUACACAGACACAAAUAAUACACGAAAAUAUGGGAAUUUUGAGAAGCAGAAAAUACAAGAUGAUUCAUCAAAAGGUCAUGCGAAUUAA